UCAUAAAUUAUGAUUGCAAUUCCCAACAACCCCAGUCCAAAUUCAUUGGAAAUGUGGACAAAGAGAUGAGAUCUUGUUUGCUCCUACUUCUCCUCAGCACAAAGCCACAAACUAGCAAACCAGUACUUUUUCAAGAUGAGAAACCAACUUCUUCUGCAACUUCCUUUUGUACUGAUAUUGAUCUUCAUUGUCUCCUCCAAACUAACACAUGCCAAGUCCACAAUAGAACCAUGCACCUCUUCAGACUCCUGCCCUUCUCUCCUCUCCUAUGUUCUCCCUUGGGACUCAAAGCUCUCCGAGAUCGCUUACCGCUUCCAGGUAAACGUUUUUGAUAUAAUGGCAGCCAACUCCAUCAACGUCACCACAUCAUCAGUGGGGAACCAAAUUUUCGGUGCAAGGUCUCAACUUAAAGUGCCCAUUUCGUGUCCAUGUGUGGAUGGUAUCAGGAGGGUUUUGUUAUCCUACAUGGUUCAAGCAGCUGAUAGCUUGGAUCUGAUAUCAGAAGGUUAUGGCAGGCUUGUGAGUGGUGAACAACUUAGGACUCUGAAUGGGAUUAGUCCCAAGAAUCCAUUGACGAGCGGUCAAAGCAUUUUGGUGCAGUUGCCAUGUACUUGCUUUAACAACAGUAACAAUGGGGUUACUUCAGUGUUUAUGUCAUAUGUGGUGCAGAGUGGGGAGAGCUUGAGCAACAUUGGAGUGGAGUUUGGGACAACAGUGAUGGAGUUGGUCAACGUUAAUGGGCUUGACCAACCGAGGGUUGACCCUGGAGACAUAUUGGCUAUUCCAAUUUCAGCAUGUUCAUCAGCAAAUCUUAACUGGUACAAUGAGAGCUUAAUAGUUCCAAAUGGUUCAUAUGCCUUAACUGCUAGCAAUUGCAUUAAGUGCAUUUGUAGGCCAAGCACUCUCAACUUGCAGUGUUUCCCAUCUGGGAUUGUCAAUGCAUGCUCACAUUUGCAAUGCAAAGGAUCUAAUAUUUUCAUUGGAGAUGUUUCCAUCAACCGAACAGCUACUGGUUGUAAUAUCAGCACCUGUGUGUAUCGAGGCCACAAUGGUGGCAAAAUUUUCAGGGGCUUAGUAAAUUCUUCUCAUUCCCAUUGCUCAGAUGACGACUAUUACAGCACAGUUUCACCGGUGGCAUCUCCUAAUAAUCCUACAGUCCCAUACAUAUCAUUACCUCCUUCACAAUCACCAUUUCCUAAUCCAACUAUUGGAACAGGUGCCAACGGCCCUUCCAGUAUACAAAAUCCUAAUAGUGCUCCUAAUAAGUAUGGCAGAUGGCUUACUCAAGCUCCAUAUUACAGUUUGUGGGUUGUCCUCUGCUUUUUCUUGUGAUAUAAUGACAACUUCAUAGUGUACUCAAUCAUCAUGAAAUGAAAUCCCCAAAAUCUUUAUUCAUGUUCUGCAAA